CAUUUCAGAUUUCUUCUGGGAACAUGGCUGGCCAGCACAUUCUUCCUCAAGCUUUAUAUCAUAGCAAUAUGCUGAAAGCUGUGAAGAUUAGAGAGAGAGCACCUGAAGAUCUGGUCAAAUCCACCAAUGGAAUAAUUCACCACUUUAGAACUAUGCACAAAUACACCAUAGAAAUGUUCAGAAUGUGCCAGUUUUGUCCACAGUUUCGGGAAUUACUUCAGAAGGCCCUGACUGACCAGGCCACCCAGACUUCACUGGAGCGCCAGAGGAAACUGAACUGGUGCAUGGAAGUCAGGAAACUUGUGCCUUUGAAGACUAAUGGUGAUGGAAACUGCCUCAUGCAUGCUGCAUCCCAGUACAUGUGGGGUAUUGAAGAUAUUGACCUUAUCCUAAGGAAAACAUUGUUCAGCACACUCAGGGAGAUAGAUACACGGAACUUCAAGCUCCGCUGGCAGAGAGAGGCACUUAAAUCCCAGGAUUUUGUAGAAACAGGACUCCACUAUGACACCCGAAACUGGGAGGAGGAGUGGGAAUAUCUCAUUGAAAUGACAUCUCCAGAAACAUCUGCUGCUCGAAACAGGCUUCCCUAUAAUGCACUGGAAGAAAUCCACAUCUUCGUUCUGGCUAACAUCCUCAGAAGACCCAUCAUUGUCCUUGCUGAUAAAGUGGUGAGAAGUUUAGAGUCUGGCUCUAGCUUUGCUCCUCUGAACAUUGGUGGGAUUUACUUGCCUCUCCUUUGGCCAGCUGAAGAAUGUUACAGAUUUCCAAUUGUGCUUGGCUAUGACAAUAUGCAUUUUACACCACUAGUGACUCUGAAGGACAGCGGACCAGAAAUCCGGGCUAUCCCUUUGGUCACCAGCGAACGAGGCAGAUUUGAGGACAUGAAUGUGCACUUUCUGACAGAUGCAGAGGAGAGGGAAAAAGAGAAGCUGCUAAAAGACUACCUGAUAGUAAUAGAAAUUCCAGUUCAAGGCUGGGAUCAUGGUACAACUCAUCUAAUUAAUGCUGCAAAGUUAGAUGAAGGCAACCUCCCCAAAGAAAUAAACCUGGUGGAAGAUUAUUUUCAGCUGGUACAGCACGAGUACAAGAAAUGGCAGGAGAACAGUGAACCUGCUAGGAGAGAGGCCUGCCCCGGGAACAGACAGGAAUUAUCUUUCUCUCAGCUCUCCCUCUUAAAGSUGAAAUGUGAAACUCCAAAUUGCCCUUUCUUUAUGUCUGUGAACACCCAGCCCUACUGCCAUGAGUGCUUUGAGCGGAGAUCACAGGGAGCUAAAGGAAGAAAGCAGAUGUCCAAAACGGCGCCUGAGAAACCGAGGGCAGCUGGGUCGGGCUCCUCCCGUGGGGAAGGUUGUGAACCUGGGGGAUGGAUAUCGGAAGAGCCCGUAACAGGGCCUCGCUCUGCACCUCCAACUGCUCCCAGCCUUUUCCUGUACAGCGAAACCACUGCCAUGAAAUGCAGGACUCCAGACUGCCCAUUUACGCUAAAUGUGCACCACAAUGGACUUUGUGAACGCUGCUACACCAGGCAACUUGGUCCUCGUAAUAAACUGGAUGACCGAGGCCAUUUAGACUAUGCAACGUGCAAGGUGUGCCUUCAGAAGGCCAAUAGGACCUUUAAUGGCACGUGCAGCACUUGUUUCAAAAGGACUACAGAGCAUUCCUCAAAUGGCAGCCCUGGCUUUCUGCCCACAUGUCACCAGAGGUCUACGUCUGACCCUUCCCAGAUACCCCAGAGCUUCCUUCAGCAUUCCUGUCAUCAAGGUCCCAACAACAACUGUGAGGAGCCGUUGUUGGCAGCACUGCCCCAUGCCGCACAUGGCUCCGAGGAAAAGAGGGAGAGCAAUCUCUGCCGGAAACCUGGCUGCAAGUUUUUUGGGACGCCGCAGAAUGAGGGCUUUUGCACGCUCUGCUUCUUCGAGUACAUGGAAAACCACGACAGUGCUUUACUACGGCACCAGAAGAGGUCUCAGAGGAAUUCCUCGGCAGCGGCUCAGUCCGGCAGCUCCGCGGCCGCCUUCCACAACACGGUCUCCUGCCAGCGGCGAGACUGUGGCACCCUGGGGAGCACCAUGCUGGAAGGCUACUGCCAGAACUGUUUCAUUAAAGCCCAGAACCAGCGAUUUCAGGAAGCCAGGAGGACUGAAGAACAGCUUGUGAGGCAACCACAAAGAACAGGACAGCGCAGAGAUGCACAGCGAGCAGCAGUGACUAGCCAGAAGAGACAGUGUGGCGGGGCUUCGUGCAGAAACAACUCGGCCGGCCGGAGCGACGAUUUGUGCCCGGAGUGCCGGCGCCUCAGCCAGCGGGCGCAGUCGGGGCAGCCCAGGGACUCAGCUGCGGAGGAGAGCCCCAAGCAGCGCUGCCGAGCGCCUGCGUGCGACCACUAUGGCAAUGCCAAGUGCAAUGGUUACUGCAACGAGUGCUACCAGUUCAAGCAGAUCUACGGCUAG